AUGAUAAAUGCGUACUACAAAUAUUGUAUGGAAAAAUGUGUUUUGCCUCAAAUAAAUAAUAAUUCUUCAGUUGAUUUAAGUGGAUCGAUCAAUGGUGUUGAUGAAGCUAAAGAAAAAUAUGAUUUAAUACUUGAAUUAUUAAGACAGAGAAGUCAAGAGCAACGUUUGACACAACACAAAACGCGAUUAGAAUCAGUAGUUCAAAGUAACAGUUCUGCUAAAUGUUACAACAUAAUGUUAAGUUAUGCUCCACAAGAUAAAAUUAUAUGUCAUCGGUUAGUGGAUCGUCUAACUACUGAAGGUUUUGCUGCAGCACUUGGACAGACCAAUGACUCAUUGUCACUAAUUGACGGAUCUGGCUGUGUUAUUAUUUAUGUUAGUCAACAUUAUUUUAAUACUGAAUUGUGCGAACAGGAGACGAAAGACAAGCCGCAGAGAUGUGCAUUUUAG